AUGAAGAGGUCAAGAUAUGGUAUAAAGUGUAGUCGUUGCCACAAGGAUGGUCACAACAAGGCCACUUGUAAACUACAACAACCACAAGCUAGUUCAAGUCAGGUACAAGAUGCAAUAAGUCAACAACCAUCACAAGCUAAUACAAGCCAAUCACCAUCUGUUGCAACAAGUCAACCACCGUCACAAGCUGUUACAAGUCAACCACCACCAACUAUUGCAACAAGUCAACCACCGUCACAAGUUGUUACAAGUCAACCACCGCCACCUGUUGCAACAAGUCAACCACCACCAUAA